GCGCCGCGUUCCCACUCGCCCAGUCGUGCUCGCGGUGGGCACGUUCUUCGUCAAGUCCUACCUGUACGGCAAAGAUGGCGCCCCGCCUUCACCCCUCCUGCGUGUCCCACGGGAGGAGGAGGUUGAGGAGGAGGCGGAUAUCGCACUGCAUUGCCGACGCCGCGCAGGUCACCCAGCGCCAGGCGGGCACAGAAGAAAGGGGGAUUCGGGAGCCCGAACCCUCAGGCGCCAUCAAGUAACGAGAGAACGAGGAGGAGGAGAAACAGGAGUAAGAGGAGGAGGAGGUGGAGGUGGAGGAGCUGAUGUGGUGGAGGCUACCUCAGGCCCGUCUACAAGUUGAUUGUCUUCCGGCACUU